UCCGUAUGACGUGACUUACCUAGCAAUACAAGCGUUGCGAGCGUCCACGGACUGGUAGUUGAACAUUUUCCGAACCGCGGCGAGACGUGUUUUCCUUUGUGAAUUGUGAUUUUUGAAUUUUUCUCGUGUCUCCCAGUCAAAGAGUGCAACCAUGUCUUCGGAAGGCCUCACAGCGGUGGAGGUGGACUCCUUGCCUGAUAGAAUUGCGGAGACCUUCGCCAACACCACUGUAUUCAUCACAGGAGGCACUGGCUUCAUGGGCAAGGUGCUGGUGGAAAAACUGUUGAGAAAAUGCCCGGAUAUCCGCAAGAUUAUAUUGUUCAUUCGUCCGAAAAAGGGUAAAACACCAAAACAAAGACUCGAGGAACUGUUGAGCGACGCUUUAUUCGAAAAAGUGCGCAAUCUACGCGGUGGCGUGGAAACGCUCCUGCAGAAGAUGCAACUGGUCUCCGGUGACGUCAUCGAGCCAGAUUUAGGUCUCUCUGAUGAAGACAGGAAUAUCAUCAUUAACGAGGUGGACAUCAUUGUACACGCCGCUGCUACAGUCAGGUUUGAUGAAGAGCUGAAGAAAGCCGUGCUGCUAAAUGUUCGCGGAACCAAACUCAUAUUGGAGCUAGCGAGGCAAUGUAAACAUUUAAAACUCCAUUUCCACAUAUCAACAGCGUACUGUCAUCUCCACGAGAAGCUGCUGGAGGAGCGCCCCUACCCGCCCCCCGCGGACCCCCACAAGAUCAUACAAGCUGUAGAAUGGAUGGACGAUGAGACCAUAGCCGCCAUCACACCUAAAUUACUCAGCAAGUUACCGAACUCUUACGCCUUUACGAAGGCGCUGGGAGAGGCGCUCGCUGUGGAAGCGAUGCAAGAUAUACCUCUGAUUAUACUCAGACCAUCCAUUGUAAUUCCGAUAUGGCAAGAACCUGUCCCCGGCUGGACUGACAACAUUAAUGGACCAACAGGACUUCUUAUUGGUGCUGGCAAGGGGGUGAUUCGGACUAUGUACUGCAAGGGAAACAGCUAUGCAGACUACCUGCCUGUGGAUGUGUUUAUCAAUGGAAUUAUGAUAAUGGCAUGGAAUUAUAUCACAAACGGCGACAAGAAGUCUAACGUCAUAAACUUCACGUCAUCAGCCGAGAUAAAGGUCACCUGGAUCGAAAUGAUAGAUGCUGGGAGAGAGAUCAUCAUGAACAGGGUGCCACUAAAUGGAGUUGUUUGGUACCCAGGUGGAUCCAUGAAGCACUCCCGCCUGUACCACAACAUCUGCGCAUUCUUUUUCCACUGGGUGCCGGCCAUACUCGUUGACAUUCUCCUCUUCUGCCUUGGAUAUAAACCUGUGUUAACCCGCGUCCAUAAGCGCAUCAGCAAGGGCUUCGACGUUUUUGAGUACUACACGAACAACCAGUGGGACUUCAAGAGCGACAUCGCGCAGCGCGUGCGCGAGCGGCUCAACGUGCGCGAGCGCCGCGACUACAAGGUGGACGCCGUGGGCUUGGACAUAUCAAAGUAUUUCGAGGACUGCAUCCGCGCAGCGCGAGUUUUCAUACUAAAAGAGUAUGACGACACUUUGCCUGCCGCCCGGCGACACAUGAAGAUCAUGUGGUUCGUGGAUCUGGUAGUCCGCUGCCUCUUCUGGGGGCUGAUUCUCUACUGGCUCAGCGGCUGGGCCGCGUCUCUCUUCUCACAGUCCACCAGUUCGAGUGACGUCACCGCCACCAUUAUAGAAUAAGACUGGGUAAACUUAGAGGUUUUAAUUUUGUAUAAAUGUAAGAGAAACUAUACAAAUUUUGGAAUGCUGCACCUACGUGAUAAUAGUCAGAUAGUUCUUCUUCCCGGCUUGAUCUGCGAGUAAAU